AUGUUGGGUUUGAUUAUUGCAGGCGCAGGCAUCGGAGCAUCGAAAAUGAUCGAACAUCGGAAAAAGAAGAAGGAGGAGAGGAAAAGGCGUGAAGAGAUUGUCGGGGGGAGGAAAUUGGACUCUGAACCGCUGCCAGUUUUUUUUUGGUCUCACGGUGGACCCUCUUUCAUGGACCCGGAUGCUGAGUUCGGUGGGAAUCCAGGUGCUUACAAGAAAGUUCAAGAAAUUGGCAAUUAUGUUCGGGGAAACGGUGUUGUGAAGUUUAUUAUCAUUGUAUCGGGCCAUUGGGAAUCUGAGGCUUUGAAUUCCAUCGAAGUUGCCGUUCCAACGCAGUCUUCGCCUGUACAGAAGUCGCCCGACUCACCCCCGUCGUAUGAGGAGGCGACAAAGACAACGCUGGAGAACUCGCUCAUUUACGAUUUCUAUAAUUUCCCGGCACGCUACUACCAGGAACAGUUUCAUUCUCGAUGCGACGUUGACGUCGCGAACAAGAUCGUUGAACGUAUCAACCGGUCGGAGUCAGAUUUGAAUGCUCGCAGUGUUUCACGGGGCCUUGAUCAUGGUGCAUGGGUACCUUUGAAGGUAGCUUUUCCUCGCGGGAAGACAGACGACUACUGGAAUCUGGACGUACCUGUGAUUCAAGUGUCUUUACCCGCUGGCGAAAGUUUCAGCAAGUCUUACGAGCUGGGCAGGAUCCUAGCAAGUUUCCGCACUAUGGGUGGUCUAAUUAUUGGAUCGGGCAUGUCUGUUCACAAUUUGAGCGAUCUCCGGUCUUUUACACCUGGUGCUGCUCCACGGUCCUACGUAUCGCAGUUCAACAAGCUUAUCAAGAACAUCAUCUCAUCCCCAAGAGAAAAAGGUUCUAAGCUGGCGCAGUUUGAGAAAAUUAAGCGAGACUCUGAUUCCAACAAACUUCUUCACGCGGCGCAUCCAAGUCUUGAUCAUUUCUUGCCUUUACUCGUAAGUUUAGGCGCAGGCGAGGGCAUUUCAAGUCCCAGUCAAUUUUGCGCAAGAGAACUUUACAACUACAACGAUUACAGUAUGGGGUGGGGGCUUUACGAAUUUGGUGUUUAA